GAAAGGCAUAGAAAGAGCUAAACUCUCUCCGUUCAUCUAGUUUGUAAAGCAAAGAAAGAGAGAGAAGCGAUGGGAGAAGGAAGAGAAGGAGACUGGGAGUGCAGUGGAUGCAAGAACAGGAACUACGCUUUCAGAUCGUUUUGCAAUAGAUGCAAGCAACCUCGUCUUCUCGUCGACACCAAAACACCCGCCGACUCGAAAUGGCUUCCACGUAUCGGCGACUGGAUAUGCACCGGUUGCACUAACAACAAUUAUGCAUCAAGAGAAAAGUGCAAAAAGUGUGGGCAACCAAAGGAGCUAGCGGCAAUGCCAGCAAUUGCAAUGCCUGGGGUGCUUCCAACUCAUUCACAUUAUUUUGUCAGGGCCCCAGGAGAAAAGAUGAAUUUUGGGUUAUUAGGCAGCAGUGUUCUCUCGCAGACAUUUCCCUCAAGUUCAAGUUGGUCUGGAGGAAUAGCUGACAAGUAUGGAGUCCAGCCAACUUCUUGGCCGUUGGCUGGUAGUCAUAGUUCUGGACCUCCAUAUGAUAAUCCUAAAAAUCAGCCCCUUUCAGUUCCAAAAGGGUGGCGGAGUGGCGACUGGAUAUGCCACUGUGGCUUCCAUAACUACUCUUCACGGGAACAGUGCAAAAACUGCGACGCUUCUAUGCCACCAGCACACGGAACAAAGCGGUUAGCAUCUGAAGAGUUAAUUCAAGAAUGGGAUAGCAAGAGAUUGAAUUUAGGAAAUACAAAUGGGCAGCUCGAAUCAUAUCUGGGAUAUGAACAGAUGGUGGGAGCUACCAGCGAACCCAAAACUAGUUUUUAUACUCCCUAUGGACCCUAUCCCAGUGCGAGCAGAUCAGGUGUGGCUCCAAAUUGGCAAGCACCGAUGCAGUUUCCAUUUCAGGCAACAGCACCUACUCUCCUUGGAAAAGGGGCAAAGCAAUGGCGUAAUGGAGAUUGGAUGUGCACAAAUUGCAACAAUCACAAUUAUGCAUCUCGAUCACAAUGCAAUAGGUGUAAAACUCAUAAAGAAGUGGUUACGGAGCCAGUGGCAGCUCAGCCGGUCGAUGCUGUUUAGUUGCAAAUUUGUGGAGGUUCGAUUGCUAUAGGUUCAACUUCUUCUUGCUUAGAUUCUGUAUCAGUUUUUAACUAUGUAGUUUCAUGGUGUUGAAAUGAAGAAGAAUGUUACGUUCUUAUAUCAUAGACUGAAAUUCUAGGAAACAGUGGCAAAUCCCAAUGAAUGUAAUGAACAGCUAAUCAGUUUUUGUUUAGUAAAGAAGAUCAUGGGAGUAGGUCAUGUUUGCUGCCACUUUGUGUUGAGAGCUUCCUUCGUUUA